GCCAGCGCUGGUCCGACCCAGUGUGUGAGAGUGAGAGUGUGUCUGGAUGAGUGUGUGUGCUGACAGCCGCUGGCCAAGGAGACCGCUGCACUCUGUGGAGUAAAUGAAAAGCUUUAAACUCCGGAUAUUUACCUGAACCAGAGAUGCCCUGUGUACAAACCCAGUACGCAUCCUUGCCCCAUGACACUUACUUCAGCCCUGAGUUCUUGAACUCUGACCUCGGUGCCAAACUGAUGAUGGACGUCUGUGGCCAAAAGGACCAGCUGUCCACAUCCUCGUUGCCCAGCAUCAACACCUUGGUGGGGAACGGCUACGUGGGCGAGUUCGAUGCGUAUUCCUGCAAGAUCACCACGUCCCCUCCCGCCUCGACCGCAGCGUUUAACCACGCCGCGGGAGCCGAGAGCUCCGGCCUUCACAUGCAGAACCAGGCCUUCAAACUAGAUGACCUCCAGGUGUACGGCUGCUACCCAGGCUCCUUUGCUCUCAGCUGCUUUGAUGAAACACUGUCAUCAUGUGGCUCAGACUACUACGGCAGCCCGGCCUAUGCUGCUGCUUCUCCUCCAACACCAGGCUUUCAAGCCCAAACUGCACCCGUCUGGGAUUCCCCAUUCAGCCCCUACCCCUCAGCCCCGCUGUCCUCCGUUGCUGACAAGGCCGUGAUGGCACAGCAGUUCUCCUUUUUCACCUUCAGCCCCACACCAGAGCAGCACUCGCCCCUGGGACAGCAUCAGGACGCCCAGCCGGUCCCGGACGAUGCGUUCUUCCUGCCGAGUCAGCAGCACGUCUCGCCCCUUCAUUGCCCCCCCAUGUCCCUGGAACACGGGCCCCUGGAAAGCCCCAGAAUAGCGGAGGGAACCAUGGCGUCCCCUAAAACGCCCAAUCCAGGAGCUAGUGAGGGCCGCUGUGCAGUUUGUGGUGACAGUGCUUCCUGUCAGCACUAUGGCGUCCGCACCUGUGAGGGCUGCAAAGGGUUCUUCAAGCGAACUGUGCAGAAGAAUGCAAAGUAUGUGUGCCUUGCCAAUAAAGACUGUCCAGUGGACAAGAGGAGGAGAAAUCGCUGCCAGUUCUGCCGGUUCCAGAAGUGUCUGGCUGUGGGAAUGGUCAAAGAAGUUGUUCGCACGGACAGCCUCAAAGGUCGUCGGGGUCGCCUGCCCUCCAAACCCAAGUCUGUGCCCGAGGCUUCGUCCACAAGCCCCGGCGUCAACAUCAUCUCCUCGCUUAUAAAGUCCCAUUUCGAGUCCAAUCCAACGAGCGAAAGUCUGGACUACACCAAGUACCAGGAGACCGUGGGCAACUUGAAAGAAAAGGAGAACGCUCAGGACAUCCAGCAGUUCUAUGACCUGCUCAGCGGUGCGUUGGAUGUGAUCAGGAACUGGGCUGAGACCAUCCCAGGGUUCACAGACUUCUGCACUGAGGACCAGGAGCUGCUCCUUGAGUCUGCCUUUGUGGAGCUCUUCAUCCUUCGAUUAGCGUACAGGUCGAAGCCCGAGGAGAACAAGCUGAUCUUCUGCAACGGCGUGGUCCUUCACCGGCUGCAGUGCGUUCGUAGUUUUGGUGACUGGAUCGACUCCAUCAUGGAUUUCUCGCAGAGCCUCCAUCGCAUGAACUUGGACAUCACCUUGUUUGCCAGCCUCGCGGCACUUGUCAUCAUCACCGAUCGUCACGGCCUCAAAGAACCCAGAAGGGUUGAGGACUUUCAGAAUCAUCUCAUCACUUGCUUAAGGGAGACUGUGAGUGGAAGCGGGUCUGAACCAGGCAGGACCCAGCCCAACUAUCUGUCCCGCCUCCUGGGCAAGCUCCCUGAACUGAGGACUCUGUGCACGCAGGGCCUGCAGCGUAUCUUCUACCUGAAACUUGAGGACCUGGUCCCACCUCCACCUAUCGUGGAGAAAAUCUUCAUGGAUAGUCUGCCUUUCUGAACGAACACAACACGUAAAAAGGCACCUCCUUUGAGGUUUUAUGUCUGCACUGGACUGGUGAACCUACUGUUACACUGACAGACGUGCAGAAAAAGACAUUGUUAAAGAGACCAUUAUUUUUUUAAAAGUACAUUUUAAAAUCCAAUGAAACCUGUGUGAGUUCUGCAUGUGGAAACCAAACACACACAGUUCAUAUAUAUUUUUGUGUGUAUUUGUAAGACGACUUUAUUGCUGUGCUACCGUACAUGUGAGAGUGUUGAUAUGCAGCUAGGAAGACACUUACCCCGUAUUUGGGUGAAUGCAACUCUGAAAGACACUAAUUUCUUAAAACGCAGGCUUUGGUUUCCGACAGCCCCGAAGACGCAUGGCGGUUAUUUAGUACCACAGUCUGCACAGUCCUACUACCAGGGGAAAUAUGCACAAAUUUAUUUGUAUCACAAAAUAUAGUUUUAGUCCUAAUCUUACUCCUGUGGAAGGUCAUGGACCAAAGUCAUUUUGAUACCACUGGCUUCAAACCCUAUUGCCUUAAACUAAAACCUUCUGCCAUAUCUCUUACUGCCAUUUACAACAUUUCAAAGCUGACGUCUGAAACACACAUCACCUAUGAUAUGAUAUGAUAUUAGAUUUGCUGAAUGAAAACGAAAAGUGCCUUUAUGAAACCUCAGACCACAUAGACUCAGUGGAUCUUAAUUCCUGUGUCUAAUUCCUAGACAAAGAGAUUUUCAUUGAACGUCACCAUCGUAAUAAUGAAGUCAUCACUGCUGUAAAUAGUAUUCUGUAUCGGGUCUACCAGCGUUUGGUAUGAAGUGCCUGAGGCUUGUAAUGGCCAGUACAUUUUGACAAAGAGCAACCAGUGCUUGAAUGCACACUUCCCAGCGCUAAACUGGAAGGACAUCAAGUGAUGACAGGUGGUUUAGGAUCUGUAUCCAGUUCACAUGUCCCUGAGGCGGUGAAGGUUAUAACUACAGUAGAGCCGUCAAGCUUAAGAUUAAAUUAAAUCAAAGCACAUUUCAGAGUCUCCCUGUUUCCACAUUUAGGUGCAGCUUCUGUUGUUCGGAUGUGUGAAUAACCCCACAAUGCUAGAAAAAGCUUUUUCAGAAGCGAACAUUUCGUAUUGGUUCUGUUUUCCCGUCUUUGGCUGUUUGCUGCCGAUACUGUAAAUCGCCCGACACAUGUUGUGAACUGUCCUAAUGGCUUCCACAUUCUUCUGUGCAGUUUUGUAUUGUAUGUUUUUUAUGUUUCCACCUCAAAACGAGUGGUACCUUAAGGAAUCACAUCAAAAGAAGCUGAGCAGCUGCGAGCACAUCGGACUAUAACAGGACGAACCUCCUUCUCUACGUGUUUUGUUUGGCAAAAUGCACUGCAAUGGUGGAAAAGUGUUGAGAGAAUAUUUUAUAAUAAAUGCUUUUUGAAAACCA